UUGCCAUGGAGACUGGAUAUGUAUCACCAAGGAGAUCUACAGGAAUGGGAGAUUCCAGCUUGUCAAGGUCAAGGUCAGAUGUUACAGAAGACCGUCUGCUCCGGGGCGGGGUAUACAGCAGUCCUAUGCCGAUCUCCAAAGUGAAGAGCUCAAACAGGUCAUUGUCAUUUUCAAAGAAAUCCUUGUCAGAAAGUCAGCACUCUAGCCCCCCGCCAAUGCAUGAGCACCGACCCAGUUCUGCUGCAGAGCGCCCUUUUGAUGUGCGUCUCCGUCCGGAUCUGUCCCACCGGGGAGAGGAGUCUGUGUUGAUGGGAGACUCCCUGUUUGUCGAUAGUCAGCUGUCAAUGAGUACCCGAAUCAACCUGCGAGAGAAGCACGCCAAGCACCUGUCUGACCUGCGGGAAUACUACGAGGCGGAAAUGGCAGAACUGAGGUCAUCACUAAGUGCUACACAUACAUCCAGUGAAUCUGCACACGAACGAAUCCUGCGAGAAGAGAGUCAAGAACUUAAACUUCGGUGUCAGAGCUUAGACGAUCAACUACAUGAUGCCAAAGUGCGAAUAAGGGACCUAGAACAAAAAUUACAAGGUUUAGAAAUCCGUGCAACUGAUUACUCGACUCGCUAUGACGAGUCGCAGCGAACAGUGUUGAAGCUACGAGGACGGGUAGACGAACUUCACUCCUACGUCAAGGACAAGGACAGUCAGUAUAGGGAUCUGGAGUCUACAAACAGACAGCAAACCCAGGCUCUGAAAGAUGCAUACAAGCAUCAGCAGGAGUUGACGGAGAGCAGCAGGCGGGACAAAGAGGCUCUCAAGAGGUUGCUCGACAAGUACGAUGAUUUGGAAAGAGAACAUGAUAUUUUGAGGGGGCGUUUGGGGGACAGUGAUAGGAAGCUACAGCUGUCUCGCCAAGAGGUGGCAGAUCGUGAUAAGACUAUUUCCAAGUUGGAGCUUCACAGCAAACAGCUUGCGAGGGAGAAUGAGAACUUGAAACACAAGGCAGCGAUUGCACUAAGUAUGGCUUCAGCAAAGACCAGUUAUGAAGACUCAUAUGGAUAUAGCGAAAGCCAUCGCUCAGCGGAACCAAAUCAAGGGGAGAUAAUCAAUGGGAGGACUUCAGCUCCGUAUAUGUCCAUGGAAAGCAGAUUAUAUGUGAGCGAACCGGGGGGUCACAGAAGAGUCGAAUCAUCUCCCGAGUCAGAUGUUGACAGUGACAGCGGCCCCUCACCGCUACUGAAGGCUGAGAGGGAACUACGCAGACUUCAGACAGACUCCACCAGCAGCUUCAGGGAAGGCUUUCAGCCUAAACUCCAGAAGAAAUUUUACGGCAGUGAAGUGGCCUAUCCAGGUCGGUACAGAGAGGCUGCCUCCAGCUCAAAGCUUGAUUCGUCACGAUCUAAACAAAAAUACCUCGCCGGAAAGUUAUCAAACUCACCCAAACCCAAAAAUCAGAGUCGGAAUAUGUCUCGGUCAGAUACUCAAAUCAAUUCGGUAGGAACUCACAAUGGCAUCCUGUCUCCCAAGCGAACCAAACUGAAACUGCAGCCGAAGGAACAAUCCACUCCAACGAGGUUGGAUGUUAGUCUGAACAACUUGACCAAUGGUCAUGAUAGCAACCAGAAGAGCACCAAAGACAAAUUGUCACGAGCAAAGUCAGAGCAGGCAGUUCCUGCUGCUGUGGAGGCAUUGUCCAGAAGCAACCUAGGAGGCAAGUCUGUAGAGAGCACCCUGGAAAAGGUUCGAUCAGGGAAUUACGUGUCUCGGCCACAGUGGGAGGACAUAGACACAUCCAUGGCACGACCAGCCAAAUCUCAGACGUCUCCCAGACAGAACAUGACUCGAGAGGAGCGACUGAGAGAACGGCUUCAGGCUGUUGACAAACUAGAACGACACUACGAUGAUUUGCAAGCUGAGAAAAGAAAGCUGGAGUCUGCGCUAAUCAAAAUUCCAAUUCACGGUCGUAACAGGAAAAUGAUUCAAGACCAGGGUGAGCUGGAAGGGAGACUGGACCAAGUGGACAAGGAGCUAGGAUCGGUCAGAAUGUCACUCAAGCGGUUCCAGGUUCUCAAGUCAACCAUCUGAUACUUGCCUCUCAACUUACUAUGUCUUCCCAUGUGAUACAUUCCUCUCAACUAGUUUACAGACGAAUAAAUGUGCUAGUUUGUGUAUGAUGACAACCUAGCUAUUUAGAAUAUUAAUCUAUUUGUAGAUCCUAUAUUAGCUAGUUUGAAAUUCAGCAUACAAGAAGUAUGUGUGGCCAAGUUGAUCCACUUUGUAUAUCUGUGAUGGUGAAAUGUCCAAACGUGAUGUUGGUACUAUAUUCUUGUUUGAUUUCAAGACCGAAUGAGAGAGAGUUAACCCUGCUUUAAGCCGCAUGAGCAACUUUGCAGCUAUUCACGGCUAUUUCAAGACUAAUAAUUUAUUGUUAGUUAUCAAUAUGUAUUGCAUCCUCGAUAAUCUCCAGGGUAUACGUUACGAUCACUCUCCACUAUACCCUUGUUGCAUCCACGGCUUGGCCCGAUGAUUUUAUUACUUCCCUUUGCUGGCUCUGCAAUCUCACAGUAGCCAAUCAGCUAAGCCGCCAUUACAUACGAGCUUGCCAGUGUGAACAAAGAUAGCAGUUGCAGUCACGAAGGUUUGUUCGCAGUACCACUCAUAUUUUUGGAGAAAUAAUACAGACAAAUUGACAGAUCUGAAACUUUCAAAAAAUAUAUAA